CAUCAUAGCAGCACAGAUACAGCGGCAAAGACGUGCAACCUUUGCCGUCGCUUUCAUUCGGUCGUUGGUAGUGUUCGUCGUCGUUUCAAGUUAAUCGAGAAUAAAGCCAAUAAAAACAACUUUGUGGCGUAUUCCGGUUGCUUUAAUUGAUUUUUCCUCUGGGAUCUAUAUGUAUAUAUAGACGUGUGAACGACAGACACACCCCACAUACAUCCUUAGUUUUGUGAAGUAAUUGAAAAAAAAAAAAAAACAAAAUGUCGACAGUCGAUAAGGAAGAACUGGUCCAGAAGGCUAAACUGGCCGAGCAAUCAGAACGUUACGAUGACAUGGCCCAGGCCAUGAAGUCCGUCACAGAAACGGGCGUCGAACUCUCAAAUGAGGAAAGAAAUCUGCUCUCCGUUGCCUACAAAAAUGUGGUCGGUGCACGCAGGUCAUCGUGGCGCGUCAUCUCCUCCAUUGAGCAGACAACCGAAGCAUCUGCUAGAAAACAACAGCUUGCCCGUGAGUACAGAGAGCGUGUGGAGAAGGAGCUGCGGGAAAUCUGCUAUGAAGUUUUGGGACUUCUGGACAAAUAUCUUAUUCCAAAAGCCAGCAAUCCCGAGAGCAAGGUGUUCUAUCUGAAGAUGAAGGGCGAUUAUUACAGGUAUUUGGCCGAGGUUGCCACAGGAGAUGCACGCAAUACUGUUGUUGAUGACUCGCAAACCGCUUACCAGGAUGCCUUUGACAUUAGCAAGGGUAAAAUGCAGCCAACACAUCCAAUCCGUUUGGGUCUGGCCCUUAACUUCUCAGUCUUCUAUUAUGAGAUCUUAAACUCUCCAGACAAAGCUUGCCAGUUGGCUAAACAGGCGUUCGAUAUUGCAAAAACCAAAAUGCAGCCAACACAUCCAAUCAGAUUAGGGCUCGCACUCAACUUUUCCGUCUUCUAUUACGAAAUUAUCAAUUCACCAGCGAGGGCUUGUCAUUUAGCUAAACAGGCGUUCGAUGAUGCGAUAGCCAAGUUGGACACACUCAACGAGGACUCAUACAAAGACUCGACACUCAUCAUGCAACUGUUGAGGGAUAACCUGGCUCUCUGGACCUCCGACACCCAGGGCGAUGGCGAUGAGCCACAGGAGGGCGGCGACAACUAACCAAACAACUAAGCAAAAUGUUUCCUUUUUGACUAUGCAAAUAUUAUUCAGUAAUACAAACAAAAACAAAACAAAAACCAGAAACACAAGGAGAAACAAAUAUAAAUGCAAAGCAAAAACACAAGCAACAAAUUGAAAUGAAACGAUAAUACCAGGCAGGCAGACAGGCAGGAAGAGGAAUCAUAUGCAACAUUUAAUUCAAAAUUACAUGCAGAAUGCUUUUCAUUUGAAUCCGUGGAUCGUGGUUAGAACAUUAUAGAGCGUGCUCUACAGAAACAUAAGGUUUUAUUUGCCUAUAUACCUAUACAUAGUUGUAUGUAUAUGUAGCAUGUAGGAGGCCAACCCCACUGAUCCGAGUCAAAUGAAUGAUCCAAUCCACUGCAACUGCUUGAGCAUACAAUUCCACACAUAGAGAUAGGGCUGCAUCGCAUCAGUAGACAGACGCAUGCUCGGUUUUUGUGCUUUAGUGCGAUAAUGCUCGUGUGAAUUUCCUCAUUGAAACAACAACAACCAAUCAAUAAUAUUCCUAAUUGUAUACAUAAAACAAAAUUAAAGCGAUUAUUUUCUGUUUUCUGUUUUUAUAAAUUUUUGCAAGAAACUAAAUUAAUUAUGUAAUUUUUGGUCAGGCAGCAACAACAAGCAGAAACUAGACAGAAACAGAAACUUAUGUAUUAUUUGUAAUUCUUUUUCUAAACAAAUAAAACCAAAAAAAACCUAA